GUUCACUUAAUAGAAAUUUCUGUCCUAGUUGAUUGGAUGAAUUAUCUGCAGCCCUGAACUGAUGAAUGUGCUCUUCUGAGGCCCAUCAGAAGGAAUUAUGGGAGGCACCUCAGUGAAGAAAUGGACCAGUGUGUAUAAUCAUGGAAUCUCCUUGCUGACAAUCACCACCUGCUCUCCUUGAUAAGUGAGAGAGAGUAGUCAGGGGAGAAGGAAAAGAGGUCAACAUGAAGCUAAAGCAGCGAGUCGUGCUGUUAGCAAUUCUCCUUGUCAUCUUUAUCUUCACCAAAGUUUUCCUGAUUGACAACUUAGAUACAUCAGCUGCCAACCGGGAGGACCAGAGGGCCUUUCACCGAAUGAUGGCUGGCUUGCGGGUAGAGCUGGUGUCCAAGCUGGACCACACCUUGCAGUCUCCCUGGGAGAUUGCAGCCCAGUGGGUGGUUCCCCGGGAAGUGUACCCUGAAGAGACACCAGAGCUGGGGGCAAUCAUGCAUGCCAUGGCCACCAAGAAAAUCAUUAAAGCUGAUGUAGGUUAUAAAGGGACACAACUGAAAGCCUUACUGAUACUUGAAGGAGGACAGAAAGUUGUCUUCAAACCUAAGCGGUAUAACCGAGACUAUGUGGUAGAAGGGGAACCAUAUGCUGGUUAUGAUAGACACAAUGCAGAGGUAGCAGCCUUUCAUUUGGACAGGAUUCUGGGUUUCCGCCGAGCCCCCUUGGUGGUUGGCAGAUUUGUUAAUCUGCGGACAGAGAUCAAGCCUGUUGCCACGGAGCAGCUCUUGAGCACCUUCCUAACUGUAGGAAAUAAUACUUGUUUCUAUGGGAAGUGUUAUUAUUGCCGAGAAACAGAGCCAGCCUGUGCUGAUGGAGACACGAUGGAGGGGUCUGUCACGCUUUGGCUUCCAGAUGUGUGGCCUCUACAAAAACACCGACACCCAUGGGGCAGGACUUACCGAGAGGGCAAAUUAGCCAGGUGGGAGUAUGAUGAGAGCUACUGUGACGCUGUGAAGAAAACGUCCCCUUAUGACUCCGGCCCUCGCCUCUUGGACAUCAUUGAUACAGCUGUCUUUGAUUACCUGAUUGGCAAUGCUGACCGCCAUCACUACGAGAGUUUUCAAGACGAUGAAGGCGCUAGUAUGCUCAUCCUUCUCGAUAAUGCCAAAAGCUUUGGGAACCCCUCGCUGGAUGAGAGAAGCAUUCUUGCCCCUCUCUAUCAGUGUUGCAUCAUUCGGGUUUCUACCUGGAACAGACUGAACUCUCUGAAGAAUGGUGUUCUGAAGUCUGCCUUAAAAUCUGCCAUGGCCCAUGACCCCAUCUCCCCAGUGCUCUCUGAUCCUCACCUAGACGCUGUGGACCAGCGGCUCCUGAGUGUCCUGGCCACCGUGAAGCAGUGCACUGACCAGUUUGGGAUGGAUGCAGUGCUGGUGGAAGACAGGAUGCCUCUCUCCCACUUGUAAUUCUCCACAAAACAAGCGAAACUUCUUUUUACAAAGAUAGAGAAACA